UCCCUCCCCGCCGCCAGCUCUUCCGGCGUCUUGUCGGAGGCUCUCCCUGCGCACAAGCACAGCGUGACUUGCAUGAAGCUGGUCGGUGAGGGGCUUGAACUGCUGGUGACGGCGUCGGAGGACCGGACUAUCAGGAUCUGGGACUUCAGCGAGCACAAGAAGUUCGCGAGGUACUGGGAGACGCACGAGGUGCUGGACAAGCUUUCAACGCCUCCUGCCAAGUCCGAGAGGAGAUCUGACGCUCUUGUCCACGCGAUCCGAUGCCCCAGCAGGUUCAACGCGGCUGAAGGACACAGCCACUGGAUCAGCUGCGUGGAAGCCGACAUGGCGAGCAGCGUCCUGUACAGCGGGUCUCUGGACAAGACGGUGAAGGCGUGGGACAUGUACACGGGGAGAUGUAUGCAUACAUAUAAGGGACACACAGACUGGAUCACUAACUUGCACGUGCGGCUCGACACAGUGAUCAGCAGCUCGGAGGACGGGAGUCUGCGGUUAUGGAGGAUCGCAACGUUCUUGGAGGGAGGGGAGGAGGACGGGAAGGAGGAGGUGAAGGAGGAUCUCAAGGGAUGCUGGCGGAGGGACAGGGGGUUUGCGAUCAAGAGCAUGAUAUCGGUGUCUGGCGACAGCUUCUUCUGCGCAGACUCGGAUGGCUGCGUGAGCUACUGGGACCUCUCGCGAGGAGCUGAGAAGCACAAGGCGCUGCUGGCAGAGAUCCCGACGAGCGUCGGGUCCGCCACGUGCCUUGUCGCUCCCUUCCACGAGCAGGAGAAGGAGGAGAUCCGACGGCAGGACCUCAACAUCUUCGACCGACCGGCUGCUCGGCCAUCGCGGCUCAUGAUGAAGCAUGCGGGGGGGGGAGUCGACAAAGAGCGAUCGCCCAGCUGCCUGCAUCUGUGGGAGUUCUGGGGGGGAGGGAGCGCAAGACUGUGCGCGUUCAACGGCCAUCAGGGCGCGAUCACUUGUAUGCAGGUUGUGGAUGGCACGCUAUUCACAGGGUCGGAGGACAAGACAGUGCGAGCAUGGUCGCUUGACAGUGGCCUGUGCCUACAGCUCUACCAGGGGCACCUACAUGCCGUCCGAGACCUGACGGUCUUUCCCGGAGCAAGGUACCUCUGCAGCGGGAGCGGAGGAGACCUACGGGUAUGGGACGUGGAGUCGGGGGAUGUGAAACAGGUGCUGGCAUGGAAGAGGGUCGACUGCCUCUUGCCGGCCAACAACCUUAGCUCUCUGUUCGCCUCCUUCAGCGGGCUCGUUCGCUCCUGGGAUGCCACUGCCUUCAUCCAGGUGAACAAGAAGAAGUCGAGCUCCAAGGUCAUCCGCCCUCGCGUCAUGCUGGAGCAGAUGGCCAGCAAGAGGACGGGCGAGAAGGCGCUGGAUGCCAAGGAGAAUGGGAGUGUCGUUCAGGUUGUCCGUCAAGAUGUCGAGCCGCUGCCCUGAGAGGAGCACAAGACGGGGAACAGAGAUUGUAAAUGCUGAUUCAAUCUUGCACAUGUCUAUACUGUAUAUGCGGGCAAACACUUGCUAACAUGUUGUAUUUAUUUGUUGUCAACUCUUCACUAUGAAGAAGCCUCAUAAUUUGUAAGUUACAAUCACAAAGCAAUGGAAUCAAAAAAUCGAUUUUUAG